UGUCGUCAAAAGAGAAUCCAACAGGGGAAUUACAGAUGAUAUCUUUGCAUAUCUGGGCUGGUGUGUUGCUAUCCCUAGUGAUAGCAACAUGCGCAACAUGUGUGCCGGCAGGGGAAAGGGAAAAGAGGGAAGUAGGGAACUAUGACGCAUACAGCGUGGUUGUGGAACACACCUGUGGAGGCGCCUACCUGCAGAUUAUGCACCUAGACUGGGAGAGCAUUGAAUCGCCCACGCAAGCACCGGCGUCUACUGUUGUCUACUCAGAGUUCGUAUCCGCUGCGGACACCAUCUUCACCGAUAAGGACGCCUUUUACGCCUUCCUAGCGCAGCUGGUAGAGCGUAUUCAGGGAGCCAUCCAGGACAACGACGCCGACUUCUCCGACUGGGGAUACGUCUACUUCCAGUACCUCCUUUCCUCGGAUUUAUUCGCUUUGAACGACAGUUACAUGACCACGUGGUACCAAUGGCUGAUGGAGUGGUACAAUAACAAGGAUCUUAAUCCAUUCUACAGCCAGGGCGAGUGGGUGAGGGUAGUCUCCGGGGAGGAGGCCGCCUCUAACUGGUGGCUCGGGCUUAACUCUCUCAGAUCUGACGGUUAUUUCAACUCGAACGGCGCCAUCACGGACAGUUACGGCGUCCUUGGCCAAUCACGUGGAUCCACCCAGAUCUCGUUUGUCCCAUCCAGCGGAGCGUAUGAUGGCCAUUACCCUGUAUACGCUGGCGGAAGACGCUACCCACUCUACUCCGCCAACAACGACGGCUACGGCUGGGACUUCCUUCAUUUCCUUCUUCUCAGUUCUUUGGCUGAAGAGAAUCCCGAUGCUAAGGUCAUCACAUCUCCGUGCGUCAUGAAGGGAGAUGAAUACAUGAUCGAGUUGAGUGGAAGACACUACCGCGUGACCGGAAGUGGUGACUACGCAGCGUGUGCCGCCAAGGUGGAGUUUUACUGGGGAGAACUACAGAAGGUGUACGGUAGCGGUGACGGUGCCGGUGCUGGUGGGCUGGGGGGCUAUGUCGGUCUGGGAGGAUUCGCUGGGGGCUCCGGGGGAAGCUCAGGCUAUAUAGGCGGCAAAGUCGUGCCUUCUGUCGCCGACACAACCUUCUUCGUGAUGGGGGAAUAUGACGCUGCCUUCAGAGCCUUGGGUGUGAUCGACGCUCAGGGCAAAGUAGACCUGAGCCUGUUCAAGCAAAAGACGCAGGAAUUUAGCUCCAAGACGGUGAACGAGAUCGUGAAGCAAUAUCCUGACCUCAAUGCAAACCUAAUCUCCAAAAUUUACCAGCUUGGGAUCUACUCUCCAAAGGUUUUUGAAUCGUACGGCUUUGAGGCAGGUUCUGCCAAAAUCUAUACGCCCAGGAAGGCUGACGGCUCUGUGUCAGUGAAGCUAAGCCAACAGGCCUAUGAAAAUGCAAGCCGCGGGGGAGCUGUAAGUGGGGCAGCAGCUAGCGGUGGGGGAGGCGACGGCUCUCUGGGCUGGACAUAUGGUGCCACAUUGGACAACCUUCCGCCAAGAGAAGAUUGCUUCUGUGCCCGACAGUAAAACUGUCCACUCGGUCAGUUUGUCAUUCACCGACACCACUGACUGUUCCAAGAACAACAUAGAUCUGAGAAGCUUUAAGAACAACAACAAGGAAAAUGCUUCUCCAACGUUUGAUGUGAUAGUCUGUCACAGUGAAAAUAUGUAUAAAUAAAAUGUGUUUUUUCAUAUCAAUACAAUGUACAUGGCAGCAACAACGGGCAGCAUAUAUAUCUAUAUGUAUAUAUAAAUGUAUUUAUUUUCUUGUUUUUACCAUAACGGUUCCCCCAUUUUGUCAAUAUAUGUGUGUUAUUAGCUUCAUCUGUCUUGAAAUAAAAUUGUCAAAAAAGAUUA